AUGGCGGCGGCAAUCAAGGCUAUCAAUGCGAAGAUACGGUCGAAUAAAGUCCUCGACUACUUCUGCUCCACGCACUUCUGGGGACCGGCAUCGAAUUUUGGAAUCCCUAUUGCUGCGGUGAUGGAUACACAGAAGGAUCCCGAAAUUAUUUCCGGCCAAAUGACAGCCGCAUUGACCAUCUACUCCGGAACAUUUAUGCGUUACUCACUCGCCGUCACUCCUAAGAACUAUCUCCUCUUUCUUUGCCAUUUCGUCAAUUUCAAUGCGCAGUUAACGCAAGGCUAUAGAUACUUGAAAUAUUGGAACUGGGGUGGUCGCGAUGCUCUUCUUGCGAAGAAAGCCGCGGAGAAAGGCGAAACAGCGGCUGAUGCUGCAAAAAAUCCAUGAGGCCAUUUUCUUAACAUCCUUUCCCACUUAUGUACUAGUUACG